UUCCCAGCUCUGACACAGCGUCACCGGUGAAACAAGAAGACGCACUCUCGGGCCGAGCCCCGUCCGCACCCACAAAGGAGAGAAGAUGUCCGAGCCCAACAAGUACCGAGAGUGGAUCCUGGAAACUAUCGACUCUCUGCGUUCGAGGAAAGCCCGUCCGGAUCUAGAAAGGAUUUGUCGAAUGGUCCGGAGGCGACACGGGUCAGACCCAGACCGAACCAGGACGGAGCUGGAAAAACUCAUCCAGGAGCAGACGGUGCUCAAAGUUAGCUACAAGGGAUCGAUAUCGUACCGAAACGCGGCCAAGGUGCAGAGGAAAAGCAGAAAACGGAGCGAGUUCGGCGGCGGCGCGGAUGCACCGAGGGAGCGGACCAAACCCGACCGUCCGAACAACAACAACGGCGACAGCGCGCACAGCUUCACCGACCCGGAGGAGGGCGAGACGGAGCCGGAUCCCCGCGCCGAAACAUCAGUCAGCAGUCGAAACAAAAAGCUCCAGCCUGCCUCCAGCCCGGGUAGCGGAAACGCGUGCCUCAGUUGUGGCGCAACAACGAGCUGCGCUGUCGGGAGCGGCUGUGAAGAGGAGAAAGCAAGUGCACCGAGAGACAAGGGAUUAGGACAGCAGGGAGCGGGGGGCUGCCUGCCGCUCGGCGCGGGCACCGGAGACCGGAGUGAGGAUGCUCCAUCCGGCGGAGGAAAGAAGUCCGGUCUGUCUGGAGCUGACACCCGAAGCCAAACUUACUCCGGGAGCGACAGCCAAGCCCAGACACAGAGGCAGACCGAGUCUGGCCAGCCCAAACUUCGACUCGGAGGAGGAACCACCAAAGCAGCGCACCGCCACGCCAACUCCGAGCUGCGCGAACUGGCAGCUCUGUCCGAGAAGCCCCUCCGAGCGGCAGGAGGUGGAGGUGGGGGUUCCGCCGCCGCGACCCGAGGCCACGUGAAGCCGCUGGGCUUGAAGGAGAUCCUGGGCUACCUGAGCAGCCAGGAGCGGCUGUCGGAGGAGAAGCUGACCCGAGGCAAAGUCAAAGUGGUGAUGGAGAGAGAGGUGGAGAGGGGCAGGCUGCGCAGGACGCGCUGCGGGAACAUCACUCUUCCUCUGCGGGGGAUGGAGCCGGACGAGCCCGAUCCGAGUGAUUCGUCCGCCGACAGACUUGCGAGAAGCGCACUGCAGGACAAACGCGCAGCGAAAAAGUCCCCACCUCCAGCCCGUCUGGAGAGCGAGCCCAUGGAAACCGGCGAGGAGGAAGAGGAGGGCCAGGGAGGAGAGGAGGAAGAGAAAGACAAUGAUGAUGAUCCCAGGAGUUCUGAUGAGGAUGGAGGACUUUCCCCGGUAGCCAUGACAACCGAGGCUGGGCUUGCUGAGAAAAUGGGAGAAGAUGCGGGCUUUCAGAGGGAGCUGCAGGAGGAGAGCCCUCAGCGGCAGAGGAAGGAUGGAAAAGGGAAGUGUGAGCUUGAUUUUCCUCCAGAGUCCCGGUCUCCACCUACCGACGGAGCCUCGUGGUCUGAGUGUAACGGUGCCUGCUCCGAGGAGGGAGCUUUCUCCUCAGACCACCUGGGCUACACACACCACGAUGAAAUAAACCUCACCGCCUCGAGCUUUCGCAACUUAGAGUAUAAAACAGAGAUCGGCGCUUCGUCCUGCAUGCUCACUCCUACCGCAUCCCCGAGGGACUCCAGCCUCCCCGAAGAACGAGGCGCUAGCGACAGCAGUGGAGGGCACAUGAAGUUUGGCAGCACCAGAGUAAGCCCGGUGGACUGGACCGUGUCUGACGUGGUCAGUUAUUUCACAUCCGUGGGUUUCCCCGAGCAGGCGGCAGCCUUCAGGACACAGGAAAUCGACGGGAAGUCUCUCCUCCUCAUGCAGCGCAACGACGUUUUGACCGGCCUGUCGAUCAAACUCGGACCCGCCCUCAAGAUCUACGAGCGUCACGUCAAGGUUCUGCAGAAAACACACUUUGAGGAGAAUGACUGCUACGAAGAUGCCAAAGAUGCACUCAGGCUGUUAUGUUAACAUCUAAAUAUAGCUCAAGUAGUAAAAAAAAAAAAAAGCAUGUCUUUACAUAAGG